AUGAACCAGACAUCAACUAUGUCAUCCAUGGCAGUGGAUCUCAACCUUCCUCGGGUGGUGCCCGGGGGCAAGCACAUCAACUACUAUGUCGCCAUUAGCACGAUACUUGCGGUGGCCUGGCUACUCCAGUCCAGGAAGAAGAAACUACCCAAGAUGCCUUUCUAUAAGGCCGCUAAGACAAGGUGGAUGUUCGAUGCAGAGACGUUGAUUCGCGACAGCUAUAACAAGUUCCGCGAUACGGUCUAUCAAAUCAAGGGAACGGAGGGGUUGCAAGUGCUGGUGCCUGCGAGACUAAUCGGGGAACUCAGAGGCCUGCCGGAAGAGGUCCUCAGCGCGACCGAGGCCGUAGAUGAGGCCAUGUUGAGCAGAUAUACCAACUUCACUCUGGGCAACCACGCCGACCUGCUAUCGACGCUCGUGAGGUGCAAGCUGUCACAGAAUCUGGCGCGGCUCGUGCCUCAGCUCAAGGGCGAGCUCGAGUAUGUCGUGGCCACAGAGUUUCCCGACUGCAAGGACUGGACGCCGGUAAAGUUCCAGCCUUUUGCGCUUCGAGCCAUCGCACGGAUCAGUGGCCGAGCUUUCGUAGGGUCCAACAUCAACCGCCAGGAGCAAUGGAUGGACAUCAGCAUCAACUUCGCCAUCCACGUCUUCGUGGCUGUCGUAAAAAUGCAGCUCUUCCCCGAAUGGGCCCGGCCCGUCGCACAAUAUGGGGUUUCGGAACUGCGACAGAUUCGCAGGGACGUCGACAAGGCCAGCGUAAUGUUGAAGCCAAUCAUCGAGGAGAGGCUGCGAGACCUGGAGAUGCCGAGUUACGAAAAAUCACCGGACGACUUGAUCCAAUGGCUCGUCGAAGCCCUGCCAGAAGAUGAGAAGAGGGACGUCAGGUCCCAGGCACACCUGCAGCUCAUACUAGCGGCUGCUUCGAUCCAUACAACCAACAACCUGGUCACCGACUGCAUUUACGACCUCGCAGCUUACCCGGAGGCGCAGGAUAUUCUGCGGGAAGAGGCACACCAAGUCCUCGAGGUCGAGCACGGCUGGGCGAGGAAAGAGAGCAUGGCCAAGCUGAAGAAGUUGGACAGUUUCAUGAAGGAGACCCAGCGCCUGGCCGGAAACAUCACAUCGUUCAUUCGCAAGGUUGUCAAACCCAUUGACCUCUCUGACGGCACGCACCUGCCCCCAGGCACCAAGGUGCUAGCUCCACAGGCGGGCAUAUCGCACGACGAGCGAUACUUUGAGGAUCCCGACACGUUCGACGCGCUGCGCUUUUACAAACUGCGACAUAAGUCCGACGAGGACGUCAACCGGUGGCAAUUUACUAGCAUUAGCGACACGAACAUGAACUUUGGCGCUGGCAAGCACGCCUGUCCGGGCCGCUUCUUUGCAGGGAACGAGAUCAAGCUGGUCUUGGCAUAUUUCCUACUUAACUACGAUAUAAAGCUAAAAGACGGGGAGAAGCGGCCGAAGCCGACAGUCAUGGUGAUGAGUAAGUCGCCCGACCCGGACGCGGAGGUCUUGUUCCGGAGGCGGACGGUGGCGGCGUGA